CAAGAUGAUGGAAAUAGUGGCAACCUCGGACCUAAUCAGGCCAAAACCGACGUACAACCCCCGAAUCAUAACAUCUCGAUUCUCACCGCAGCGCGAGACACCAUCAUCCCCUUACCAGCAGUAUCUUCCUAAAUCCACCUCCUCCCCCCACUUCCCCACCUCUCCCCGACACAUCACCUCCUUGAGCAGUCAGGCUUGCUCUGUCAAGUUGCCAGCAGUCACGAUACCAUUUGUAACGCACAAUGGAUUGGUCUACGCCAAUCAUUCCCCCAAGGGAAUGGUGAUUCCGAGUACAGAGCGGGGGACAACAGCAUCCCCGACAGUAUCCCCGACCAACACCACUACGCCGACCACUCCUCUGCCGACCACCCCUGUUACUCCCGCCUAUCUCCAACAACCCACCCCCACACGCCCCACCCCCAAGAAGAUAUACACCUGCAAGCUGUGCGGAAAGACGUUCAACAACUCUGGAAACUUUUCCCGACAUCAGAAAGUACACACAGGUGAAAAGCCGUACCGCUGUGAGAUCUGCGGGAAAGCCUUCACACAGUCCAGCACGCUCAAGCGCCACAUCCUCAGCCACAGCGGAGAUAGAUCCUACAAAUGCCAGGUCUGUAGUAAGGGGUAUGUGGACCCGUGGUCGCUCAAGAAACACAUGAAGAACCACGGAUUCAACACGUACUCACACGUUCCCGUGAAACCCAUCCUGCCGCACUACAAGUUCCACCCUCCAAAUGUGGUGGUGCCCCAGAACCCUCAUCUUCCCCACCCCUGGGGUGGUAAACCGGAGAUCACACCACCUGGCCUCUACCUUCCUCUCAGCUCGGAGCAGCCCUCUCCAACUGUAGCUAACUUCAAGAGCGGCGGCAGUGCCUUCACCCAGGUCGAGAAACUCAGCAAGUCUGGUAGCGUGAACGGAGGAGGGAGUUCUGGAAAAUCUGACUCUGACAGCAAAUCAGGAGGCAGUGGCAGUGGCAGCCCCGGCGGCGGCGGUGGGGAGGUGAGCAGCACCACCGAAAAAUCAAUCACAACUUCUGUGCUUUCUACCACCGACGCACUCGCACUUUACAUGCUAGACACACUCAAGCAAAACAUCAAACUGUCCCAAAAAAAAGAUCCGGAGUGCAAGGAGAAUGAUAACAUCAUGCAGUUUACUGCCACCACCAAAACGAUGCCGGAAAAGGAAAACGACCUCUAUUCAUGUGAAAAAUGCGGACGGACGUUCAACAAUCUCAACAAUUUCAAGACGCAUCAGAUUAUCCAUGCAGGUUCGUUAGCAUGCAAUGGAGAACUCUCGUGCCACCAGUGCAAGGCUAUCUUCCUCACCAAACAGCAGCUCCAGUCGCACAUGGCCACACAUACGAGUAGCUACUGGUGUGUAUACUGUGAACGCUCCUUCAGAAACGAGUACAACUUCAAACAGCACCAAACGGUUCACACGACUCUGAUGAACGAGAGUGACAAGAAAUACCCAACAUGGUUGGAGUCCUUCCGACAAGAGAUGAUGACUUGUGUCACCUCCUUGGAGACUCCUCAGCUCCACUUGCCUAUGUCAGCGCUCAACACUCCUGUUACCUCAACAAGCUCGAAUGGCAGAGAUAUCUCUCCCACCCAUCCAAAUAACCCAGCAGACCAACAAGAAUCUCCCCGUAAAACUCGAAAGCUGGGCGCACCUUCUCCUCAGAAAAUGACAGAGAAACGGACAGAUGAUUUAAAAGCAAUGCGGUUAAAGGCUAUGAUGAAUAUUGACCCACUCGGCCACGCAAUGGUGCCCAAAUUCUGCACACCGUCUUCCAUGCCUUUCUACGGGCUUGGCUCGGCAGGAUCGAGCUACUCCGCAGCGAGUCUAUCGGCUGGAUCUAGUCGCUCGUCAGUAGAGCACUUCAGUGCCCUUCAUGACCCUCUCUCCAGGCACCCUGUGUCAGCAGGUCCCGCCUCAAGAGUAACUUCCUCCUUCAGCUCGCUUCCCCUCUCUGCAGGCUGCUUCGUGCACCCCAAACCCAUCAAGGUGGAGCCCCAUCCCAGGAGACACUCCUUUGAGGAGUCUGAACGUCAGCAAGGAGCCGUGAGGCAGGAGACGAUGAGACAGCACCAGCUAGAAGCUGCUAGACUCCAAGAGGAGGAUAAGCGCCAGGAGGCCUGUGAAGCACUCCAAGCGCUCAAAGCUGAGCCUGUGGCCCAUGAUGAAGUUGAUCAGGAGGCUAUGGAUACCACGACACCUGAGAGCAAACUCCACAAGUCACCUGCGACAAAAGAACAGGAUGAGACUAACGUUGAGACGCCGAUGGAAGCGGAAAGAUCCGGAGAAGAAGCAACAGCAGCGAGUAAGGAGCCGAGUAAGGAGCAGGAGGAGCGCAGUCUGGAGGCAAGUGAGGAGGAACCUAGCUCCAAACGAGCCCGAAACAUCACCUACCAAUGCUGCAAUUGCGAGUACACCAACACCGUCCUGAGCAACCUCACUUCACAUUUGGAGAGUGAGCACAGUCUUACUGACUACGAGCUCAUCAAGUCCUUGCUGGCUUGUCUUGGAGACAUCGGAGCCUAAGGUGAGCACCUCUUCGACUGAAACAAGUGAUCCUGAAGAUGCGAAGUAAAACGUCGGAUUCUGGCGUAGUUAACGAGCCAGGAUUCGGUAAAUAAUAUAAGUUAGCCGCUAAUCAUGGACUUAACAGCGCAAUAUUUGGAACACUACUUUGAAAGUGUAAGCUUUGAAGAUAUAAAUAAGAACUCAAUACUUUGGAGAUUGUAAUGUUGUUUUGUUUUUGCUUGAAAUUUGUUUUGUUUUUAAUCGUAUGGAUAAAAUAGUAAAUGUUCAUUAUAUUAUGGAUUUCAUAAUGUUGUUGGACCGUCUUGUGCCCCCAGUUUCUGAACCGACUAUAAUCCUCAGAGGGAGCGUGUACUUAUCCUCGACAGCAUUAUGACGCUCUAGUAUUUAGAGAUACUUAAAAUUCCAUAUUUGAUCGAACCUCUUUAGCGUCUUCUCAGAACGUGUUAUAAACGUUUUACGCAAUCCCAUCAAAUAUGGAAUUUUGUAUCGUCUGAUAUAUGGUAUCAUUUUAAAAUAGGGUUAUUGGUUAGAGAAAUCUCGUGACGAUUGCUCGUAACGAUUCAUAUUUGAUCACUAUUAACCGCCGCCCUGAAAUAGCCUCAUAUCCCCGGAUUGAUGCAAUAAAUCAUUGCAAUGUGUAUAUGAUACGGGUAAUGUGAACUCAGACGUGCGCCUUGAAAUUCUAUAAAAUGGGAUGCCCUACUGGUUCCUGAUUGUCGGUUAAUCACUUCUAGUAUAGCUGAUAACCUGUGGGAACUUAAACUUUGGUUUUAGUAGGUAUUCCAUGAGAUCGGGUAUUCGGGGUACGUGGUAUUCGGGAAUGGCUGGAGUAUUCGGGGAAUGGCUGGGUGUGAGCCAGUUAACUUCUUAAGUUUACAGGUUUAUAUUACAUAAUAGUGGUGCGAAUGUUUAUAGUUUUUACACUCGUUGAUUCUCCAGGAGAGAUACGGGACUGGAACAGACCUGACCUGGUGUCCGGAACUGUUUCCCAGUGUCCUAAACUUUUUUUACAGAGUUUGAUGAGAACUAUUGUUAAACAUUGAUAUAUAAUGAGGCACGGUUAAAGUAUAUUUGAAGUUUGAAGAUGGUACAUUUGAAAUGUUAGUUAAUAUGAUCACCACUAUGUUUUAUAGUGCAGCUCCACAGUGUUCAUGUAUUUAUUUAUAGAUUUAACGCUAUUUUUACGGGUACUUUACUGAGUAUUUGAGAUUUUAUUAAUAAAAUGUAGUCUCCUACAGAGGAUAGUGAUUGACGCACAUCAUAAGACAGUAGCUAUGUUAUUAUU